AUGGGAAUAUGUUCCGGUUGCAUGUACAACAGCACCGGGAAGCAAUGCGAACUUUGUAUAGCUGGAUACUACGUUAAUCCCAAUGGGAAUAUUACCACCAUGACAUGUAGUUGCAGUCCUGUCGGUUCUAUGAUGAUCAGCACACCGUGCAACGCCUCGACUGGUCAGUGCGUCUGCAAACAAAAUGUCAAAGGUCAACAUUGUGAUACCUGUGUAGAUGGAUUUGUAGCCCUCGAUGCGUCUAAACCCGAUGGCUGCUCAAGCUGUUCAUGCGAUCCGAUCGGCAGCUAUAACAACUCCUGCCAGCAACGCGGCGGCCAGUGCUUCUGCAAACCAAACACAUUGCUAAGAAACUGCAGCCAGUGCAAGGUCAACAGUUAUGGGUUCGGGAUCAACGGCUGUACAGAAUGUGGUUGCCAUCCGAACGGCUCGGCAAGCAUGCAGUGUGCCGAGGGUGGCAACUGCACCUGCAGACCAAACGUCAUCGGUGGCAAGUGCAGCCAGUGCAUUGAUAAGAAUUAUGGUCUGGCUUCUGGUUUGUUUAUUUACUUGAACUUUUAUUUUAUUUGUUGCAUUUUUACCUUUAAUUUCUAA